AUGUUUUCAUUCGACAAGGCCCUUCUGCCCAAGAUCACCACUAGGAAAGCUUUGAUCCUAGUUGAUUUCCAAAACGAUUUCCUGGAUCCUGAUGGAGCCUUACCUUGUUCGGACCCCGACGGGUUCAUAAAUCGCGCCGUUGAACUAGUUGCCAACUUUCGUGGCAACGGCGAUAUUAUUUGGCUUCAGUCGCAAUUUUCAAGUCCUGUAUUAGUGGACCACGAGUCCAUCAUUGUUUCCGAUGCACCGCCGGUGACGAGGCACCGAGGACGUCGAAGCCGAGGACGACAUGCUGCUCCCGCCUUGCCUCAGAAUCCAGAUGAGCCAUUGGACCCCGAGGCUUUCCUAAGCCACCCAGAAGCUAACUGUGUAAAGUCAUCAUCAUGGGGAGCUCUAAUGAGCCCAGUUGUGGAAAUUGCGGUGAAAAAGGGAGACACCAUUCUGUCAAAGCCUCAAUACUCUGGUUUUAGAGGGACUCAACUCCUUCUGUUGCUCCGGGCAAAGAUGGUCAUGGAAGUCUACAUCUGCGGAUCAUUGGCUAAUGUAGGAGUCUACGCCACUGCCUUGGAUGCCGCCGGCCAUGGAUUGUCAAUCACCAUUGUCGAAGACUGCUGUGGUUAUCGCAACGAACAGAGACAGCUCGCGGCAGUACGAAGUCUGAUCGAACUCACAGGUUGUGAGAUUGCGUCUUUGGCAGAAAUACUAGAAAAUCUUCAGCCCAAGAGAGCUGCGAAAGCUCCUAUUCCAGCCGGUAGAAAGCCAGACAAUCGCAUCGCGGUCGCAGAUUCUCCUGAUCUUGUGCAACACAUGGCGGGCCUUCGGCUUGAUGCUGAGCCCUCGGCAGUCAAUGUUGGCAAUGGUACAGCCCCGUCACUGGCCAGCAAGGCUGACUCACAGAGUGCCAAGCCGAAGCAACAGGAAACGGCUGGAAAAGACAAGAAAUUAAAAGAGAAGGUGCCCGAGGAUGUGGAAUCCCGCAAACAAGUAGUUGAAAAAGAUGACCUUGGUUCAUCCAUCACAGAAGCCACUGAUAGACAACAAGAGGCAUUAUCUACCAACGCCAAACCCCACCCAAACACCAUGACCGGCCAACCAGUCACUUCCGACAAUGACGAGGAACAACUUCUGCAAAAGGGCUUGUGUGAGGGCGACACUGACAUUAUUGACAAUGUCCUACAUGAAGACUUAGCCAAAGACGCCUUUGAAAAACUACGCGAUGAAGUGCAGUGGCAACGAAUGCUGCAUCAAGGCGGCGAAGUUCCCCGCCUGGUAGCCGUGCAAGGCGAGGUAUCAGACGAUGGAAGCAUGCCAGUCUACCGCCAUCCAUCAGACGAAUCACCACCGCUGCUGCCGUUUUCUCCCACGGUCCUAGCCAUCAAAAGCGAAACCGAGAAAUAUCUCGGGCACGAACUAAACCACGUCCUAAUCCAGUUCUACCGCGACGGCAAGGACUACAUCUCUGAACACAGCGAUAAGACCGUAGACGUUGUCAAGGGCUCAUACAUUGCCAAUGUCAGUCUCGGCGCAGAACGAACCAUGGUAUUCAGAACCAAGAGACAGGGUAAGGACCCGUCUCGCGACGAUGCCUCUUCUCCGGGAGACACAAGGCGCCAAUCUCAACGUGCACGGCUGCCUCACAAUUCUCUAUGCCGCCUGGGUCUGAAGACAAAUAUGAAAUGGCUUCACUCCAUCCGGCAAGACAAGCGCGCGGAGAGAGAAAAGACACCUGCAGAACUGGCCUUCAAAGGCGGCAGGAUUUCUCUGACGUUUCGACAAAUCGGCACCUUCUUGGAUAAAGACGAAACCAGCAUCUGGGGCCAGGGUGCCACAGGAAAGUCUCGCGAGACUGCCAAACCCGUCGUGAACGGGCAGAGCCCGGAGGCCGUUGAGAUGUUGAAGGCGUUUGGUGCGGAAAACAACUCUUCGGCAUUCGACUGGGAAGAAUGGUACGGCAAGGGCUUCGACGUCCUCCAUUUCAGCAACUCCCCGCGCUUCUUUGCGUCCGUGGAUGCGACAUCCAACAUGCGCAUUCAUCUAAUGCUCGCUGAGUACGGCAUCAACUUUGCUAAAGGCAGUAUGGCGCCAGAUCCAAAGAGUAGCAACACAGCACAUGCAGCAAUCCGCUUUGUCGACAAUAAUGCGAGCAAGUCUGUUGUAGACGGAGACGUAGCCAUCAUGCUGUACCUGAACUCCGUGUAUGGACAUGACAAGAAAGAUCAAGCCGAUCUCGCUCUCCGGUUUACAAGAUUCCAAGGAGCGCUGAAACUAGGCGACUUGUGGAAGCAGCAUGAUAGCUCUACACCUCUGAGCAAGACCCUUCUCCGGGAACUAGGUACAUGGGAUGAAAUGGCUGCGAACACGUCUGAAAUCGGCGUGCCUGGUUCAACGCCUAGCCUUGCCGAUUUUGCAGUCUGGCCUGUCCUGCACGCUAUCGUGGACCAGUAUGGUACCGAGGUGUUUGAUGGAAUGGGGGCUUUGAAGGGGUAUUAUGAGCGGUUUGGCGAGAGAGAGGCAACGAAGCAGGUUGUUGGGAAGUGA